AUGAAGCUCGUCGCCCUCGUCACCCUCCUCACCUUGGCGGGUCAUGCCGCAGCUGCGCCGGCGCCCUUCGCCGACGUCCCGGGCGUGCAGCAGAGAGAUGUCGAGGCGCCCAACGACGCGCUGGACGCUGCCGAAAGGUACCUCCGCGAGGCCCUCGCCACCCUCUCGGGCAGCGACAGCGACCACGAAGAGCGCAGCACCCUUGCUCAGAAGCGCGGCAAAUCCAUUUCUCAGGACCAGUUGGACCGCCUUGCCGCGCUUGCCACUGUCGAAGAGUACCUCCGCGACGCGCUCGCGACGAUCGAGAGCCGCGAUGCCACGGGCCAGGGGCAGGGCCGGGAGGCGCGCGGCGUCUCCCCUCGGAAGACGGUCCAAGAGAUGGUAGAGGAAAUCGCCAACAUCAUCAAGGCGAACAAAGGUAACCCCUGGGCUGGAACUGGUGGAACCGGGGCCUCCGGUGGCUCCGGUGGCAGCAAGGGCUGGUAG